UAGAGAUUGUAAACUUCCGUUGAAUUUUUGUAGCUCUCCAGUCAUGCCAAUGAAUUAUGUUCAGAUAUAUAUUAGAUUUAAAUGAGUACUGUAUACAUAUAUUGCGAGAGUAAAUUGUUGUAAUCAUUUAGUGAUAAGUAUCGUUGAUACCCUAUCUUAUUCGAGCAAUUGAGCAAUGGCGUUGAAUUGACCAUCCUCGAGUCGAGAAUUAAUAUGAACAGAAUGGAGAAGUACGUCAAGAUAAGACAGAUUGGUGAAGGCGCAUUUGGAAAGGCCAUUUUGGUCAGAAAAAAGAAUGAUGGGAAACAAUAUGUUAUUAAGGAAAUCAAUAUACGAAAGAUGGGCCCUAAAGAAAGACAAGACUCCAAAAAAGAAGUAGCAGUCUUGGCACAACUGAGUCACCCUAACAUUGUAACUUACAGGGAAUCAUUUGAAGAAAUUGGAAGCCUAUACAUUGUAAUGGAUUUCUGUGAAAAAGGUGAUUUGUACGGUAAAAUUAACGGACAGAGAGGGAUUUUGUUUCCGGAAGAUCAGGUGAUGGACUGGUUUGUUCAAAUCUGUCUGGCAGUAAAACACAUCCACGACCGAAAGAUUUUACACAGAGACAUCAAAUCACAGAACAUCUUUUUAUCAGCUGAUGGUUCAUUAAGAUUAGGAGAUUUUGGGAUAGCCAAAGUUUUAGGAAGUACUGUGGAAUUAGCUAGAACGUGUAUUGGAACUCCUUACUACUUGUCUCCAGAGAUUGUCGAAAACCGGCCUUACAACAAUAAAAGUGAUGUAUGGUCCUUAGGAUGUGUGCUGUAUGAAAUGGCAACCUUAAAACAUGCUUUUGAAGCCGGUAACAUGAAGAAUUUAGUGUUGAAAAUUAUCAGAGGGUCUUACCCACCAAUAUCACCCAAGUACAGCUACGAUCUCAGAGGACUCAUAGCUCAGCUGUUUAAACGAGCUCCAAAGGAGAGACCUUCUGUAAAUUCCAUUUUGAAGAAGCCGUUUGUUCAGAAGAGAGUUUCUAAGUUCCUUUCAGAAGAUGUGAUAGCUGACGAGUUCAGUCAUACUGUGAUGCAUGGUCAGAAGCUGGCUAGAGCCUUACCCCCUCCUCCCCCAGCCUCCAGACCCCCAGCACCCAGAAAAGUGACACCUGCUAAACCUCAGAAGUACAAUCCAGCCAGCAUCUACGGAGCUCCCAUUGUAAGGAAGUCGCAAGAAAAAAGACAAUCAGCAGAGAAGAAGCGCCCAGGCAGCGCAGGCCCAUCUAGGCCAGGCAGUGCCGCCAGUAGACCAGAUAGUGCCCGGGGCAUAAGGCCAUCUAACAGUAAUCAGGAUUUAAAAAAGAAAAGACAAGAAUUCAUUGAUAAAGAGAAGAAAAGGCAAGAUGAGAAGAUUGCUGUAGAAAAACGCCACCAAGAUCUGAUGGAAAAGCAAAAACGUGCACGAAUGAAUAAGGCACGGGAGGAGGGAUGGAAAAACCUGAUGGGACCUAUAGGAUCCGAUGAUGGCGAUAAGAAGGAAAAGAAUGAGGUGAAGGAGACUCCCCGAGAUAAACCGCGGUGGCCGCCUCCUAGUCCUGCUGGAGAUCCUGCUGGAGAUAAGGAGCGGGGGAAAUAUGAUCAGUACCAUGAUUAUUUAGACAAACUCGAGAGAGACCGAGAUCAGCGAAAGAAUAAUCCACAGCCAGUGGUUGGUAACAAUGCUGCAGCCUACAUGGCCGCCCCACGAGUGGCAGAUCCCGCUAAGGCAAUCCCAAACUGGAGGCGACCGGUCGGCAAUGUCCCUGCCCCUACACCCGUCUAUCAGCCCCCAAAUCCUAACAGGAUUGUGGGUAUGAAUAAUCAGGCAGCUGAGAGAGCCAAGAUCGUGGAGGACUUCGUACAAAGAAAAAGGGAGGCAGCUCAGAACAAACAGCGGGGACAUGCCGAUAUAUUCGGGAAUGCCAAAUCAUAUGAUCCCACGCCCCAACCAAAUCCAGCAAAUGAUGAUCAACGCCCUGGGUCUGCCCGCAAUAGAGAGGAACAGGAAUAUUUAGAGAAGUUACGACAAAUCAGACACCAAAACUACCAGGAGAGGCGCAAUUUGGGGGGCGGAAAUAAGUUUGAGGAGGCUCAAGAGCAAGCGAAGAAAAAUGCUGAAUUAAGACGGAUGAAGAUUGAGGCUCUCAGGCAACAAGCAGAUGACAGAGCAAAGUUGUUGAAGGAUCAGCUGGAAAAAGACCGAAAAGAGAUGUUUGAGAAGGAGAAACGAUACAGGGAGCUCGGCGGGGCAGUUCCUUAUAAAGCAAACCAAGGAAGACCCCUGCCAGCACCUCCAAAACCUCUGAGAAGUCCUGCUCCAGCUGUCUCUAUGACAGGGGCUCUCAAUGCCAUCGGAGCAGAACCACCCAAACCAGUUGCCAUGGAGCCAACAAGUCCUGCUGGCAUGACGAGUGUUCUCAGUGCCAUCGGAGCCAAGGCAACGGAGGACAAAGAAGAGGUGUCCAAGAGCCCAGAUCAACGAAAGAAGGAUAGCAUCUUGAAGCGAUUGAAUGCAAAGGGACCAGGCAAAGCUAAAUGGGGUAAACCAGAGAAGCCAGAAAUAGCAGAAGAAAAUUCACCCCCCGAGUCUGCCAGGUCCCAAUGGGGCCAGGGUGAUGAGAUCUGUAUUUCCAACUUACCACUGGAACAGACGGCUUCUCAGAUGGAGGCUACAUCUGCCAGGGAUGAGGUCGUGAAACAUCCAGUUUCUGACGGCGGGGAUUCCAAACCAAAGCUUCCUGAGAAGAAGUGGGGAGGCCCUAGUGACACUUUGUUAAACAAGUUAGAAAGCAAGCCAGGGGAUGAGGUUGUGACAGAGGAAGACAGUGGCAAGCCAAAAGUUCCAGAGAAGAAGAAAUGGGGCAGACCAAGUAACACUCUGCUCAAUGCACUGGCAGAUAAACCUGUGGUCACUGGAACAGUCUCAGCAGAAUCAACUGAGUCUGCCUCUAGCCCAGAAGCCACCACCUCUAGCCCAGAAGCCACCAGCUCAGGUGUUCCUUCUGUGUCCACCACCAUCACAAUAUCUAAACCGCCAGUGGUCCCCAUCAGACAGGGCACCAUCACUAUCAGCAAGGACGGCCCCCAGAAAGAGGGGACAGUUAUAGGUGCUACCAUUACUGUUGAUAAACCAGUGAUUAUAACAGGACAAGUUUAUACCAGUCCAGGAGAAAAUCCAGAGUCAACCAAUCAAGAAUCAGAAAGUAAAACUACCAAGGAGGAAACUGACCAAUCAGAAAGCACUGAUAAAUCAAAUUCUAAGAAUGAUAAACUUAGUGACAGUCCACCAAAGUGUUCUGAUAAACCCCCACUUCCAUCCAAACCGGUUUUACCUAAACCCGUCAUACUACCAAAACCAGACAAGCCCAUGCAGUUUGGUGACUCCGGCAGUGUUCCUCAGGCUGUUAAAACAGAAGGAGCUGGGGACUUGUUUACAAAACCAGACACUGGUAAUAAACCAGAUAAACCAGACAACCAGGAAUCCAAGAACGAAACCGUAAAAGAAGAACUUCCAGUGAACAAAAAACGAAACUCGGCUGUGAUUCUUGGGAUUACUUGUGGAGAGUUUGACAUUGGGAAUGCUCAGAUGUUGCGUACCUGUUCUGAGCCUGAUCUUGCUAAGCUGACACGCACUGCAGAGUUUACAGAAAUUGUAAAAAGAACUAGAAAACAGAGUUUGGACCUAGAAAAACUGAAGAGUGAGGAGGAGGAGGAUGAGGAGGAACUGCUGGAAUGUCUGCUGGCCAAUGUCAACAAUAAGGAUGGAGACAGUGAGGACAAAAGCCCAGAGUGCCCUGUCAGUCCCCUCAGACUGGAGGAGGACCAGUCUCCUGAACUGGAGGAGGAGAACAAUGAGGAUGGUGAUGAUGAAGAUGAUGAGGAUUUGAUGAGUGUGAGGGAGACCAUGCAGAGCCUGCUCCUCAGAGAGUACAGCACAGACGAGGAGAAGAGAGCUUCGGCUACACUGAAUCUAACAGAAAGUAAGGAGGAUGACAUCAGAGAAUCUGACGAGGACAGCGAUAAAGAAGGUGUUGUGGGUAAGGAUAAUGGUGGUGAGGAAGAUAAUGAGGAGGAGGAAGUUGAGGAGAGGGACCAGUCCGAGGAUCCGUCAGAAUCCCUGGACAGUGAGAACCAGUCCGAGAAUGUUGACAAUCUGUUUCAAUCAGAUGACAGCGACCAUGACACACAGUUUGGGGACGACGAUGACUUUGAUUUGUUUAGUCGACUUGAGGAAUCUCGAGCAGAACUGGAGUCAGAGUUAGGAUGUGACAAAUUCCUAAAAGUGUACAAGACUGUGCAGGCACUCCAGGAAGAUGAGGAUGAGAAUAUUGAGGAGGGGGCCAAACUGGUGACCAAUAUUCUGGGUAAAGACAAGGAACAUCUCUACCCCAAGAUAUUCCAGCUGGUUAUUGCAGAUGCUGCCUUUACUGAGGACAAUUAAUGAUGAAAUGGCCGUAUUUCCUUGGUUCCUGAUGCUAUGUGUUGUCAUGAUGACGACAACACAAAAGUGUGAUGUCAUAUUGACAUCAAUAACCACAAAAUGUAUCUCAAGUGUCCGUGGAAAAGACGCUGUUUACCGAUUCUGUGGGAGGUUUUUUAUAUCUUAUGCAAGUUAGCACAUAGUUAGGGAAUCUGAAUUUGUUUAAUAUAUUUCUCUAGAAACAAUGUAUGUUUCUUAGAAAUGCAUUAAUCCACUUAAAAUGAACCUUCAGUAGGGUUAAUGAAUUUUACUGAUGCAAGAAUCAUUUAUUGAGAUUUCCUAAUGAAUUUUAAAAUAGUAUCAAAAUUUAGCAAGCUAUGAUAUCUUGAUAUACAGUGUUUCCCCUAGAAAUGUUUAAAAGUACUGUCAUAAGAAAUGUAAGUCUGUGUGAUUUUAUAAAUGGUGGUAGUUUUGAUGUAAGUUUGUAUGAUUUUAUAAAUGGUAGUUAACAAUUUGGUGUAAGUCUGUAUGAUUUUAUAAAUGUUAGUAAACAAUGUAUGGAGCUGACUGACAAUGACAGGAAUUUUUUUUCUACAUUUUUUUUUAUUGUAUACACAUGUCCAUUUCUGAAUGCAAUGUUGUAUUCCAAGGCUUAUGACCCAGCUUAAAGUGCAAUGAUUUGUAUAGUAGCUAGAAAUCCCUACUUUUCAUGUGACUGACUUUAAAGUUUGUAUUACUGUUUGCAUGGAAUCUGUGGUAAAUCCACCAAAUAUGAAGAAUUCCUUUUUUACAUCUUCCCCCCCCCUUAUGAAUUUUACAAUGAUAGUCUAUAACUAAAUGUAACUACCCCAUAUAUGUGACUGCUGCUUCAUUUGCAUAUUUUACAGUGUUUAAAAUCCAUUUGAAUUUCCAUGUUUACAGUAUGUGUACAUUUGAAUUUGCAUGUUUACAAUAUACAUAUAUGUGUGAAGUAUUGUACUCUGUGUGUGUACUGAAUUUGAUUAUAUUCACCCUAAUUAGUAUUGAUUUUGUAAGUACUGCUGCAUAUUUUCACUUUUUGCAGAACUGAUGUAAACCCUUUUCUUUGUAUUAUUUUCAUUUCACCGUCCACUUUUGGUUGUGCCUUUAUUUUAUUUUCAGUAGUCAGGUUUUUUUUUAAUUUUUGUUUGUUGUCACUACUGGUAUGCCUUAGAACACCUCAGAAAUUAGUCUCAUACAUCACAUCCCAACCUCAUCAGGCUACACUGGCUUCAGACCCCGAAAUUAGUCUCAUACACCACAUCCCAACCUCAUCAGGCUACACUGGCUUCAGAUCAUCCAUUUGUAUGUGGAGAGGGUUUCGGACUCUCAUUUCAAGUCCGGUUACACAUCAUCAAACGUCAUUCUGACUCUAGUUAGAAUUAGACUGCCCUUUUGAUUUGGAAGAGAUCAAAGGUCAAAAUCACAUGGCUGUGAGAUAGGAAGGUGGUUUCUGUUUGUAUCCCAAGGGCUAUAAAAAAAACAACACCCAAAGACUCCCCAUGAGACAAGGGUAUGUUGUUUUGGGGGUUUAGGUCAAGCCUGUAGGACUCCUAUAGGAGAGAAUUCGAUCCCUUUAUAUAUGCAUAGAAACAUUUAGAUAAGAAUAUGUCCCAUUGAUUUGGGGGGUUUAAAGGGCAAAGUCACAGUGCCCUAAAAUAAGAAUAAAACAUGGUUUCCAGACUCUUUCUGAAUUCAUUAAUCACCCAAACAAAUUCAGACAAACUAUGCAUGGAGAAUAUUGUCCAUUGCUGUUGUGAUUAAAAGGUCAAGGUUACAAUGUCUGUGUUUUAAGAAAGAAAUGUUUGGGAAAUGGCUUCUUAAUGUUAACCUGAACCUUAGUGGACUGAAAGGAAGAUUGCUACAUGUCUUACUAACUGUAUAGAAAGACUUUUGAGAGAUAAAACUGGUGAUUCAAUACUAGUAGGUGAGGUGGGGAUGAGGUUAUACUUCUCGACUGUGAUUCUAUAAUAGUUAAAUCAGAUAACGUCCAGAGUAGCGUAUAUUUACAUGUCUAGUUUUGUGUCUAGUUUCCGGUAGUGCUUGUUUUGUAUUCUUCACGCCGUCCAAAAGAACUUCUAGUGUCUGAUUGCAUCUUUUAUUGAAUGCAAGUUAGUCCGCGAUCUUCACUGUGUUUGUUCAAGCACGUAAUGAAGUUUGUCAGUAUUUACAACUACAUAAUUGUUGUGUAUGAAGUUUAUUUUUAUCAUUUUCAUUGAUAUAAGUAUAUAUACAGUCUGCUUUGAGAUUGUAAGAACAAUAAGAAAUAUACAUUCUCUGGCAAUUAAAGAAAAAUUUACAUUAUUUUAUUUUCCUGUAGACAUGGAUAGUAAAAAUUGAAAGCAUAGAUUUAAUCUACACACAUUGCAUGUAUUGAUAUAUUUUCUUUAUAUGUAUGUUAUUUUGAUUUGACUAUGAAGAAACUACAUGUACAUGUAUUGUUUUUAAUAAGAUGUUCACAGAAUA